AUGAAGGCAAUAUCACUUCUGUCUUUUGUCCUCUGUUCGUUGAUUCAGUCAGCACAUGGAUAUUUGAACUCAUCUAUUUGUAUGAAGUGGGAAGCGAGAAGAUCUCUUGUCAGUGCACAAGAGAUUGUCAAUGCUUACGAAGCUCGGUCGGUUCUGGCUGCACAUCGUUAUCGUAAAAAUUUGUAUUCACCCCUCAGGAAAAAUACCUGGACAAUUAUAAUAGCAUCAGCAGGCAGUUGA